AUGGAGGAGAUGGCGUGGACCGAGAGUGGAGCCGUGGUUCUGUUGCUUUUGUUGCUGGAUCUAAUGGGAACCAGCGCCAGCUCCAUGGAACCGAUCUACUGGAACUCCAUGAACCAGAGGUUUCGUGACGACAAAGGCUACGUCCUGUACCCUCAGAUUGGGGACCGCCUGGACCUGAUCUGCCCCCCCCUGGACUCAGCCCGGUCCAGUCCAGAGUAUGAGUUCUAUAAGCUGUACCUGGUCUCGACCCGGGACCAGGCGGACCGCUGCGAAGUCACGGGUCCCGCCAACAUCGUGUUGACUUGCGACGAGCCCAGCAGAGAGCGCCGCUUCACCAUCAAGUUCCAGGAGUUCUCUCCCAAUCUGUGGGGACACGAGUUCAAGAGCAUGCACGACUAUUACAUCAUAGCCACGUCAGAUGGGACUCGCCAAGGCCUGGAGAGUAUGAGAGGAGGAGUCUGUGCUUCACAAGGCAUGAAGGUGGUCCUUAAAGUGGGACAGAGUCCAUACGGUCUCCCCCCGAAAAGACAACACCCACUGCCACCAAGAGACCCCACCUCAGGAGGCUCAGGGAACAACACUCAGUCCAGGGGGACUCUGGAGGACGGGGGGAAUGGGCCUCUCCAGGCUUCAAACAUUGCUCUGAUCGCGGGCGCCGCUGGAGGCUCCGCCUUCCUGCUGCUGGUCACCGCCGUCAUCUGCGUCGUGUGUUACCGCCGCCGCCACGCCAAGCACUCAGACACGCACCACCCCCCCCUCUCCCUCUCCUCCCUCACCAGCCCUAAGCGCCUGGGGGGAGGAGCCAACGCCCUCUCUUCCUCCAAUAACAACGGUUCUGAGCCCAGCGACAUCAUCAUCCCUCUGCGCACCUCAGACUCCGCCUACUGCCCGCACUACGAGAAGGUCAGCGGCGACUAUGGCCAUCCGGUCUACAUCGUCCAAGAGAUGCCCCCCCAGAGUCCGGCAAACAUCUACUACAAAGUAUGA